AUGGAUCGAAAGUCAUUAAAUCGUAGUGAAUCGGAAGAUAAUAUUCAAAAGGCUAUAGAAAGUCUAAAAGAUAAACAAUUUACUUCAAUUCGAAGUGCUGCUAUUCAUUUUAAGAUUCCGAAGUCAACCUUAAUAAAUCGAAUAACCGGACGACAAUCACGCUCUCAAUCUCACAAAUCCUUUCAAAAACUUUCCAAUGCAAAAGAGAAGACUCUAGUACGAUGGAUCUCACAAUUGACAACUACUGGAUACCCUGCAACUCCUGGGUUGUUGAAAGAAAUGGCCCAAGAAAUUCUGAAUCAAUACAUUGAUAUCCUAAACUCAAAGGAACUUAUUCUCGCAAAUUGGAAUCUGCAAGGCAUAAAGAAGCCACAUUUGAAACAAUAUCAGUAUUCUACUCUCAAAUCGAAUUGGAAGGUUACAGUAGGAAAACAAGAAUGGAUAACUGUAUUGGAAUGUGUUAAUACAGAUGGAGGUUCUUUACUUCCUAUAAUCAUUUUCAAGGCUCAGAAUACCAAUACUCCAUUGGAUAUUGGAGUGUAUGGGCCAAUGAAGCGAUAUCAUGCCCAAGAGGUUGAUCGAUACUCUCGAGCAGGAAUACAACGAAUACAACGAUCUGAUUGGGUACAGCUUUUUCAGAAGAUAAGAGAAAAAGGUCUUAUUUAUCAAAAUAUCAAAAGCGGAUGGAAAGAGGCAGGUUUGAAUCCAUUUAGUCCUCGUCAAGUUCUGAAUAAUCUUCCAGCCCCGCUUUUACCACUACCUUCCACUCCAAAUACACCAUCAAAUCCAGAAGAUCUAGAUCUUUCUUUACUUAAUAGCUCUCCCCCAAAUGAUAUUGAGCUACGACAAGCAAAUCAGAUAUUCAAUUCAGCUUUAUCUGCUAAUAAUCUGCCUACUUCUCCAGUACAGAGAUAUGUAAAGCGAAUUACUCAUCAGAUUGAAAGCUUAAAUGCUGAAAAUGCUAUUCUUCGAAAGGAAAUUCAAGAAUAUGAAGAGUUACUUGAGAUAUGA